AUCUCACUGUCGCCACCCUUCGCGCUCAAGAUUGCAACCAGGUUCGUCGUUGUGUUAGCCAGCUCGCCAUUCUUCUUGCUGUCCUUCUCGCCGUUCUGGUCGUCGUGCUGCUUGCCUCUCUCUGUCGCGGUUCUACUCGCCUCUCUCUGUCACGAUUCUGCUCGCCUCUCUCUGUUGCGGUUCUACUCGCUUCUCUGUCAUGGUUCUGCUUGUCGUGCUGCUCGAAGGAAACGAUCGGUGGCAUCUCCGUCGAGCUCGGAGCCGGAUGCAUCGCUGGCGACAGCCGUAAAGAUUCGAUUCCUGGUUUAGGGGUAUUCUGGCUGAUAUAUUGAAAUCUCUUCGUGACAACAAGAAGCACAUGAGAGAAUGUGCACUCAAUACUUUGGAUUUGUGGCUUGCUGCUGUUCAUCUUGAUAAAAUGGUCUGUUUCAAUUGCUGUUGAAACUGAUACUCCUGCUACUGCUGCUACUGCUCCUUCUGAUGCAUCUGCUCCUGUUUCUUCUGAAGUUUCUACUUAUGUUUCUGCUGUUGCUUCUACUGCUGAUUCUGCUGUACCUUCUGUGGUUUCUUCUCCAACAGGAGAAGUGGAUUUGGAGGAUGAUAAUAUUGCUUAUUUCAUCAGAAAGAAACUUCAAGUUUGGUGUAGGCAACAAAAAGGGAACUAGGAACUAGGAAAGAUACAGUCAACUUCAGAAGAGGAAGCAUGCGUUUCGAUUUCAAAUGGAAAUGUUAUGAAAGUGUCCAGAUUAGCACUUCUACCGGCUAAUCCCGACAUUUUAGAGGGUGUGGAUGAUCUUAUACAGCUUAGUUACUUAAAUGAACCCUCAGUUCUUUACAAUCUUAAGAGUCGUUACACUCAAGAUUUGAUUUACAGCAAGGCAGGGCCAGUUUUAAUUGCACUCAAUCCCUUCAAAGAUGUCCAGAUUUAUAGAAGUGAAUACGUAGAAGCUUAUAAACAGAGAUGUAAUGAUAAUCCUCAUGUUUAUGCUGUGGCAGAUGCAGCUUAUAACGAGAUGAUAAGAGAUGAAGUAAAUCAAUCCAUUAUCAUAAGUGGUGAGAUGCAUCAGAAGAAACAGGAGCAGAUGCAUCAGAAGGAGCAGGGGCAGCAACAGCAGGAGUAUCAGUUUCAACAACAACAUCAAAGUUUGGAACCUGAACCAGUGAUGAUAAUUUUAGGUUUCAUAAUUUUAGCUAUCAAGGCUGGUAACCUUCAAUUUCCAAGUCAAGCACUUUCGCUGUCCCAGAAACUUCAAAGUAUCCUACUAAACGAAACAUCAAUGGAAGUACUUCUAGGACCUUGCAAUGUUGCUCAUGUUACACAGAAAUAUCUGAGGUGUAAUUGGUUUGAAUGACUUGAUAAGAGUGGAAGAGAAGCAUGCAAUUAGGAGAAAACAUGAAGAAAACAAAGGAGAAACACACAGCCAAGUGUGCAUACGCACAACAUCCUGUGCGUACGCACAAGUCCUUGUGCGUGACUUCAUUAAAAAGUCACGUGGCUCACAUUUUGGGAAGAUUUUGGCCCAUUUCUAAAGGCCUUAGAGCAUAUAAGGAGGGCUAGCAACACACCAUAGAUACCAUACAAUAAACAACACUUAGGCAUAUUUUUAGGUAGUUUAGGGUAGUUUAGCUUAGUUUUUCUCCUUCAAUUUUCCUUAGGGUUUAGUUAGGAUUUAUGCUACAAGUUUGUAUUUUCCAAUUUUAAUCUUGGAUUCUAGCUAUUUCCAUUGUAAGUAUUUCUUAAUUUUUCUUUUUAUUAUACUACUUGUUCUACACUUUCUUAUAGUUUUAAUUCACUUUAUCAUUACAUAUA